GUAAAUUGGUUGCCAACUUAAGAUGUUUAUUUCUUCAUACAGAUUCACACAGUAAAAUGAACAGAAAGUCAACUAACACUGCUAAUAUCUCUUCCCCUCCUGACUCAGAUCCGGCCAAUUCAGCCCAAAGCGCUAUGUACAGUGAUAACAACUCAAGUAUGGAGGUGACCUCAAGGAAGAGAAGCAAGCGGAAAAGAAACAGGGAUAGCUCCACUCAGGGUCGUUGGACUGACGAAGAACACCGUCUCUUUGUAGAUGGCCUGAAGAUAUGAGGCAAGAAUUGGAAGAAACUUGAAAAAUAUGUGCCUACAAGGAACAGUACUCAGAUCCGAAGCCAUGCCCAGAAAUACUUCAUUAAGAUUGAGAAGAAGCAUCAUACCAGAGAUGCCCUAGAUUUCAUCAGGAGCACGCGGGAUGACAUAGCUUCAAACUGAAGUCACAGUGUAGCCUCUCCUAGGACAAAGAUCCCUUGAGACUGAGAAAUCCACAGCAAGCCCCCUCAAAAGUUCGGCACUUACCUGACCACAGACUUCAGCAAGGAAUUUGAGAAAAACAAUGUUUCCUGUGACUGCUUGUGUGACAAGUGUAAGGGAUAUAAUAGACACAUUUUAAAUGAAUCAAAGAUUCAGAACAUCAAAAAGAGAAUAUGCAAAGCUGCUCAGAAAAUCAACCAGAUGCAAGAAUAUUCCCUUCCUCAGACGCAUGUUUUAAAGAAAAUUGAGCCAAAACAGAUCAGUUUCAGCGUGGAUACGAAGGGGCAAGAAUCCAACUUCAAAGAGAUCAAUAACUUGCCAGUUCUAAGAUACCUCAUGAGAAUAUAUGACGCAAACAGUCCUAAUGGUUAGAUGAAUCCAGCCCAAAAGUGUUGGCCGCAUAGAGCCCUGCAUGAACGGAGUAGAUCCCUUCCCAAACUAUUAAGAUCUGCUUAGUAUAAUUUUUACCAAAUACCUUCUCUUUUUGAACUCUCAGCUAGAAGAGCCCAUUCAAUCAACAACCGCUUUGGAAAGCAUUAAAUUUAGUAUGGAAACAUUCCAAGGAGAUUUCUUGUGGUUUAAACAAAUGUCAACUUUGAUAGGAGGUUUGUGACCAUUAGAUUGAUGAAUAAUAGUUACUAAUUAAAUAAGCUAAUAAUGCUCUCCAUUAAAAGAUGUAAAAAUACUACAUUAUUUAGAGCAUAGAAGACUGCUAUAGAAUACGUAUAAUGCUGAUAAGUUACCUUAGGAUUGACCAUACGUUUCCC